UCAAUAAAAUUUUGGGAAAAUUGUCAAAACAGAAUAAAAAAACAGAAUGGUUGUCCCUAUGGUAUAAAUUCAACUUUGUCCAUUUUAUCUCUCUUUUACCCUUUUAUUUCUGAAACUUAAUAAAAUAAAUAGUUUUAUGAAUCAAAAAAAUUAUUAAAAAUAUAAACUAUUAAUGGAACACCAAUAUACAGAAGGACAUAUUUUUUAUUUUUUCAAAAACUUAAUAAAUAAAAUUUCCAAUUUACGUUCUACUAAAAGUAGAAAUCGUCUUCUACGGAAAUUGGGUUAGUAGAAUGCAAAAUCCAGAAUAAACACGUACAUCUACUUGUUUUGGAACGUAAAAUCUACUUUUGAUUCAAUAUCUAAAUAUGGGGAAUGCGAAUUCUACUAAUUGUAAAGAUAUCUACGUUUCUGAAAAAUGCAGUUUCUACUUUUAACAAGUAUUCUAACAUUUAUCGAACGUGAAAUCUGAAAACUACACAAACGUCUAAAGAAGGUAGAAAUUACAUUCCUUAUUAUUUUCAUGGUUCUACGCAUUGUAGAAGGUGUCUUCUACUAAUAAAAUCACCUGUUUUUGGCGAAAAUAAAGGAAAGUCAGUUAACAAAAUAUUCUAAAAAUAUUCUAACUUCCUAAAAUGGUUCUGCUCGAUUUUCUUUGUCAAUUUUUUUUUUAAAAAAUGAUUUUGCCUUUCUUCUUCAUGAAUCUAUGAUUUUUUCAUAGUUUCUCUUUUGAUUUUCAGAAACUUUUGUUCUAGAUUAGAUGCAUAUCUAUACAACAUGUGGUCUUUGGGAAUUAGGUGCAACUACGGGAUGGAUUUUUGAGGCUGAUGGCAAAGGGGGUAGGCUAUUGUUAGUGGAAUCAAAUUGUACUUUAGAUGAAUUAAAAAGGAUGAUUUUGGAGGAUUUUGGUAUGGAAGAAGAAAUCAUAGCCGAUUUGGAGUUAAGUUAUCUACCUGCUGAGUUGAUCAAUACUUCAGGAUGUCCACCUGUGAUCAUUGCAAACGAUCGUCAGCUUCAUAAUUUUGUUCGAUUUGUUCAAAAGAGUGCUUCUACUCGAUUGUGUGUAACAUGUAAAGCCAAGGCUGAGAAUCCGAAUAAAGAAGCCUUUGAUCUUAACAAACCGCCAGCUGAUCCAUGUACUCAUGAAGAGAAAGGAAACUCGUUUGACAAUGGGGACGAAUCAGCUCCUGUGUAUGCUGAGAGGCAGGGGAAUAAGAAGAAUGAAAAGCGGAAAGGAGUCGCAGUUGAUGAGGAUGGGGACUAUGAUGCUGAUACCAUGAUCUCUGAAAAAGAGAACAUACAUAAAAUGUCAAAGUUUUCUCUGCUCCAUGUUGUUAAGGUCGGACAAUUUUUUGAGAACAAAACUUUGUUGAAGGCGACUUUCGAGAUGUGUGCAAUGAAGCAUAACUUUGACUACCAGGUUAUCAAAACGGAUAGACAACUUUGGUAUGUUAGAUGUGCAGAUAAUGCAUGCAAUUGGGGUGUUCGAGCAGAGUGUCUGAAGGAUUCAUCAUAUUUCAUGAUCAAGAAGUAUGUCGGUAAACAUACAUGCGCACCUUCAAGCAAAACCAAAGCGGGUAAGACUGCUUCAGCAAAAACAAUAGGCAGUCUGAUUAUGCAUAAGUAUGUAGGCGUCAAGGAAGGGCCGAAAUGUAAUGAUAUCAUACAGAUUAUGCGUAGUGAUCAUGGAUGCGAGAUAUCAAAAUCUUUAGCAUGGGAUGCGCGUGAAUAUGCGAUCAGUGCAGUUAGAGGUAUUCCAGAGAGAAGUUAUGGGAAAAUACCAAAAUACUUGCACAUGCUGAGAGAGGCUAAUCCAGGUACACACACAUCCUAUGAGAUUGACGGAAAUGAGAACUUUCGUUACCUAUUUAUUGCAUUUGGGCAAUCGAUAAGAGGAUUUAACAGAGUCAUGAGGCGGGUUAUUGUGAUCGAUGGGACCUUUUUGAAGAAUAAAUACAAAGGAGUUUUACUGGUUUCUACGGCUUUAGACGGAAAUUCAAAUUUGUAUCCUAUUGCGUUUGGAAUAGUCGACUCAGAGAAUGAGCGUUCUUGGGAAUGGUUUAUGAGACAACUUAAGGUUGUCAUUGCAGAUGAUCAUGAUUUGGCUUUUAUUUCAGACAGACAUGGGUCUAUCGCUAAGGCAAUUGAAAACGUGUAUCCAUCAGCCAGACACGGGAUUUGUAUUCAUCAUUUGUUGAAUAAUGUGGUCACAUAUUUCCAUGGGAAAGGACUUGCUGGGUUGGUUUCAAAGGCGUCCAAGGCUUAUCGAGUUUCUGAGUUUGAGAAGACAUUUGCUACUGUGUGUAAUAUCAGUCCGGCAAUUGGAGAUUAUCUUAGGGAAGCUGAUGUGCAAAAAUGGGCUAGAUGUCAAUUCCCUGGAUACAGAUACGACAUAAGGACAACCAAUCCUGCUGAAUCUAUCAACUCUGCUUUGCGUUCACCGAGAGAGUAUCCAGUCAUCCCUUUGUUAGACAGUAUCAGGGAAAUGUUAACACAAUGGUUUUAUGAGCGUAAGAAACUGAUUUCAAAGCAUAAACAUCCUCUGACUAAAGAUGUAGAGAAAAAAAUAGAGAGGAGAAUCGGGAAAGGCGCCACAUUUGUAGUUUACCCUGUCAGUGCUGGUCGAUUGCUUGUUAGAGGUGAUAAAUUCGACUGCUUAGUUGAUUUGGAUAGAAGGACUUGUUCAUGUGGAAAGUACACCCUUAUGAAGAUCCCUUGUAGGCACGCAAUUAAAGCUGGUUUUCAUGUUGGAAGAGAGCCACACACAUUGACUGAUUUGAUGUAUACUACAGGAGCUUGGAGAGAAGCUUAUGAAGAAAGCAUAAAUCCUAUUGAUGUUCCUGAGGAUGCUUGGUCUAUACCAGAAGAUGUUAAGAAAGUCAUUGUUUUACCACCACAGACAAGAAGAUCAGUUGGAAGAAAAAGAAAACGCAGAUAUGAAACUGCGGAAGACAAAAUUCGGUCAUCGCAAAUAUCACGAAGAAAGCAGCCUCGGAAGUGUAGUAGAUGUGGUAUUAGUGGGCACAACAGAGCAACUUGUCAAGUACCAAUAUAGUCAGUCACAAAUGGUUGCUCUGUUCAAGUUUGCAAGUGGCGGUAGAUGGCGAGCUAGGCGAGCUUAUUUCAAAGUGCAUUCUCAUCAUUUGGAUAAAUUUCACAGGUUGCUUUGUACGGUUUUUUUCUUCUAAACACUAUAGGUUCUCUUUUCAAUUGGAUAAAUUUCGUUUGGAUUUUUU